UGCACUGUAAACAAAAAAAAAGCCUUUGAACAGGGAGAUGAAUCCGGGCUGACGCAGGGAACCAAUUGGAACAUCAAGCCCUCCUCCCUGUGGCUCCCUGUGGUACAGUCUUGGCUAACCCGCUAUUUAAACGGCGGCUUUGCCACUCUCAACACGAAAAGCAACCCGUUUUUCCGCGGUGUGCGAUCGUGUUCAAGAGAACAGAUCCCAACCACCUCCUCUCAACUUCUGCAAACUUUCGUUUUCCUCCCCCGUUCAACUUUCUGGCUUGCUUUUGGCUCGCCCCCUCUCCUCUCCCCAUCUCUCGCACGAGUAAACCACUCAACUGCUCCCAAAGAUGAUAUUUGCUUCAACCGGUCGAGCCUUGCUGUACUCGACAUGGGUCUCCCUCGUCCUUGGCAGCACGGUGGAUGUCAGCGUGCUGGUGCUGUUGCCCGUGGAGAGCACGUACCUCUUCUCCAUGAACAGAAUCAAACCUGCCAUCGACUACGCCAUCCAGAACCUGGCGCAGUCCAAGCUGAACUUCAGCGUGCGCUACCUGGACUCUGAGUGUGGCAACAAGGCUCUGUUUCAUCUGGUGGACAUCAGCCUGCUACAGAAACCCGAUGUCAUCGUGGGUCCCGUGUGCGACUACGCGGCGGCGCCGGUCGCCCGGCUGGCUUCCCACUGGAACAUCCCAAUGGUGUCAGCCGGUCCUUUGGCGUCCGGCUUCGCUCACAAAGUCCCCGAGUACUCGCAUCUCACGCGGGUCUCCCCGUCCUAUUCCAAGAUGGGCGAGAUGUUCCUGGCCAUGUUCCAGCGCUACAGGUGGAAGAGGGUAUCCCUGGUGUACGCCGAAGAUUUCGAGGAGAGGACCUGCUUCUUCACAGUGGAAGGGGUCCAUGUCGCUUUCCUCGGUGCAGACUAUCACAUGCAUUCUGUUAGCUUCUUUGAUAAGGACGAUCAGUUUGACGACAUCGUGCAGGAUAUCCGGAACCAUGCCAGGAUUGUGAUUAUGUGUGCAAGUAGCCACACUAUCCGCAAAAUCAUGCUUGCAGCACACCGCCAGGGAAUGACCAAUGGAGACUAUGUAUUCUUCAACAUCGAGCUCUUCAACAGCAGCCUAUAUGGAAAUGGCUCAUGGAAACAAGGAGAUAAAUUUGAUCUUGAAGCAAAACAAGCUUACCAGUCACUUCAGACUGUGACUCUACUAAAGACGGCAAAGCCAGAGUUUGACAAGUUUGCUGCCGAUAUGAAAAACAGAUCUCUCCAUCAGUAUGAUUUGACAUAUGAAGAUGAUAAUGUAAACAUGUUUGUUGAGGGGUUCCAUGAUGCCAUUGUACUUUAUGCCAAUGCACUUCAAAAGGCUCUGAAGCAAGGAUACAGUAAAAGCAAUGGAUCAGAAAUUGUACAGAUGAUGUGGAAUACAACCUUUGAAGGCAUAGCAGGCCAGGUGUCAAUUGAUGCCCAUGGAGACCGAUAUGGAGAUUUCUCUGUGAUCGCAAUGACUGAUCCUGUAACUGGCACACAAGAGGUAAUUGCUGAUUACUAUGGCUUGAAUGGAACCUUUCAGCUUAGGCCAAACGUGAGACUUCCCUGGGCAAAUGGAAUUCCACCUCCAGAUGAACCAAGCUGUGGUUUUUCCAAGGACAAACCUGCCACCUGUAAAUCAUGUGGUCUUGGAGAGUCCGCGAUCACAGGCAUUGUGGUUGGCUCACUGCUGGGGUGUGCCCUACUGCUCGCUUUUUACCUGUUCAGGAAGAAAUAUAGGAUAACUGUUGAGAGACGAGCUCCAGUGCAUGAAGCUGAACCUGGUCCCCACUGCUGCCACCCACUGCUAUGCUUCCUCCUUCAGCUGAGAGCACGGGAUGACCUGGGUCACAAUCUACUCCAUUGUCACCAUUAAUGCCACACUAUACAUGGUCAACGGGAAGUGCACGCCUGCAGGACAGGGCUGGUCCUGCCAGUUCGUCCUCGAGCUGAGACGGAAUAUACUAUUGCUUCCAAGCCUUGGCCUACUCAAGCACCCACUGAUGUAUAACUUUCAUUAUUUUGUUUUCAUGUAGAAUGUGAAUAUUUUUUAGAAGAGAAGUGUAACUUCUCCCAUGCAUUAACAUAUUUGCUGUGGCUUCCUACAUUACAAAACAACCUACCCAUAUCUUUCAAUUGAAAAGAUGCCCUCCAUUAGUAGCAUCACAGAUAUUAUGCACAAUAUUAGGUUGAACAAAAAUGUACGAACAAAUUCUGGAGAUUUUAAGAACAUAUAUCUUUAGCUAAACCUCUUUUCAAGAAGUACUUUAUUAAGAACCUUGCUCCAGUUCUUUAACAGGAUUUGGUAACUAAUUGUUGACAGGACUCUUGGUAAAUGUUAAUGUACUGAUAAUUUCUACAAGCCAAUUCCCAUUGAUUUACAUGAUGUUAAUUAAAGACUUGCAUGAAAAACAACCCAUGUUUGGGCAGUAGUACACUAUGCAAGCUGUAAAUAAAGGCAGAUGUCUAAUACAUUAGUGAUCACUGACAUCAUAAUUACAGGAAUAAAUUAUCAAAAUAAACUAGAUUCAAUUAAAUAUCAAUUGACUGAAAGCUUUAAAAGGUUCUGAAUAAAGUAUCUUGAUUUUCAGUGUAUUCCAAAGGGCAUUAAGUGAGUUAAAGUUUACAUUAAAGGGAGGUCUGAGAUGAAAGCAUCUGAAUCCAAUUGUCAGUAAUUAAAUCUAGAAACAGCAAAGGCAUGGAUGAAGGUAUCAGCAGGAGGCAGAGGUCCCCAACCUUUUUUGCAUCACGGACUGGUUUAAUAUUGACAAUAUUCUAGCGGACCGGCCGACUGGGGGUGGGGGGUGGGGAGGUGUUCAAGUUCAACAGUGCGUGACAGGGAAUGAGGAAAGGUGCAGCUUGACUCAUAUCGUUUCAUAUCGCCAAAUCAUAUUGUUUCCUCGUGGCCCGGUAGCACAUGCUUUGCAUGCUUUACCCGGUGGUUGGGGACCACUGAUCUAAGGGACUGGAUGUAGCUGAUAGUGAGGAGAGGAGAUCAGAGGUGAACUGAGCAUCAGAUGCCAUGACUGAGAGCAACGCUGAUGAUUUCAUUUAAUCAUUAGGAAGAGGGAUAAAAAUACAGAACAGAAGGAAAAAGAGGUGCUGUUCGUAAACACCUCUGAUCCAUUUUCCAGUAAAAUUAUGAUUGAUCUGAUAUUUAAUCUCACUUUCUUGCCCAAUUCCAAUAUCCUUGAUUCCAUUCUCAUCAACUUUCUUCCACCUGGAUCUCAGACUUUGUAGAUGGAAGACAAAGGUUUUGGCCCUCACAGUUUUGAACAAUGAAUACUAGAUGUGUUAUACCACCAGCAUGGUCAACUGGAGGCAACUGAAAGUUUGCGACUGGUAAUAAAGUAGAAUGGGGAAUAGUUAGUGUAUACAGGGAAGUUGCCAAUGUGAUUUUCAAUGAAAUUCCUGGGAGAUGAGAUAUAAAAAUCUAGGACUAAAUCUUCAGUUGUAAUUAUUACAUGUGUUUUCAAUACUUUUCAUUAGGUUUGACAUUCUUCUAAUUGUCAUUGAUUUUUUUUUACUAAACUUGUGUGACUCUCUGGCUCUAUCUUAUUUAUCUUCGUUCUUUCAGAAUGUAUUCCUUUUAGGAUAUCAGAGAACUUCCUCUGAUGUGGGAAUGAAGAGCUGCAAUUUAUGCAUGUUUUGACCAACAUUUAAUAACCCUAGAAUUUGUUCUCAUCCUCUGUUUUCUCUCCUGUCUCCUUCAUGCUAAAUCUAAACCCAAUUUGUGAACAAGGCACGCUGCCUGCCACUCAACACUGCUUCCAUUAUACUAGUCAUCACCCAACUCCCUUUCAGAAUGUCAGGUUAAAUAAUCUCAUAGAAUAUAGACAGGACAGUACAGAGCAGGCUAUUUGCCUCCCAAUGUUGUGCUGACCUUUUAACCUACUCCAAGAUUAACCUAACCCUUCCCUCCUACAUAGCUGUCCAUUUUUCUUUCUUCAAUUUGCCAAUCCAAGAAUCUCUUAAAUUUUCCUAUUGCAUCCGCCUCUACCACCCUCACUGUGUGGUUGGUAUCUCCCGCCUUGAACAUUCUGAUGCUUGCCCCACUGGCUUCCAACUUUGAAUGAGUGGAUGCUACUUAAAAUGACUGCAGCUCUCAUCAGAACUUGCUCCUGGCCUCGUUCACCUAUAUGUAUUUAGUCAGGUUUACUCCUGCUCCAACUUUAUUUAUUUAUUUAGAGAUACUGAGCAGAACAGGCCCUUCUGGCCCAACUCAGCAACCCACCUAUUUAACAAUGACCAACUAAACUACCAAUCGGUAUGUCUUUGGACUGCGGGAAGAAACCAGCGCAGCUGACGGAAACCCAUGCAGUUUAUCAGGAGAACAUACAAAUUCCUUACAGAUGGUACUGGAAUUGAACUCUGAACUCUGAAACACCUUGAGCUGUAAUAGCGUUGUGCUAAUGCUACCGUGGUGCCCUAUGAUUUGAAAAUUUCAUCCUUGCUUUCAAAUAUCUCAAUAGACCCAGACACUUCAAACACUCCACCCUGGCAACCUCAUGUCUCCUGGAUUUCAUUGAUCCCCAAGCUCUGGCCACUUAUCUCCUCUUUAUAUUAAUUGUUACAGAGUUUGGGGCCAAGCCAAGUGCACAUGUAUUGGCUUUGGUCCCAAACUCUACAAAUGUCCACCUUUUGCUUUCCAUCUAUCUUCUGUAAAAGGCUGCUUAUUCUCUCCGACUGAGCCUUUGGCAAUUUACCCUGAUGGUCCUCUCUCCUCUGUAGCUCAAUGUAAAGUUUAGAACAUAGAACACUACAGCACAGUACAGGCCCUUCAGCCCAAGAUGUUGUACUGAUCUUAUAACCGACUUUAAGAUCUAACCCUUCCAUCCGACUUUGCCCUCUAUUUUUGUAUCAGCUUUGUGCAAUGUUCCCCUCACAAACCUUCACUUUUCCUCAUCUGCCCAUCUCCUCCCUCUGGUACCCCUCCUCGUCCCUUUCUUUCAUGCUUGAUAUCACUGUUAUACUCCUUGAGCCCUUUCACUGUGCUGGAGUGCUACAUAAAUGCAGUUGGUACUCGUUGUGAUGAGGUAGUUGUAAAUUGGAGUGGAAACUAAAACAAGGAUUGACAAAGCACGUGAUGGCACUUCGGUAGUCUAUCAAAAGCAUUAGGUGUCAAGCUGCCCUGCUGCAAAAGCCCCUGAUAAAAUCUUGCUCACACAAACUAUGUGCACCUUCUGUAUAGGUGUAAGUGAACACUGCAACAGGUUUCAUGUUCUUCUUGGUUUCCUCAAGAACUUUGGCUCCCUCUCUUCAAACUCUGCCUCAGGAUGUUUUAUCUUCUUUGGCUGAAGUGUGUCUAUGAAGAUCUACCGAUGCAUUAAGUAGGUCAAUGCCUCAGAUUUGGGAUAGGAUUUCUGUUAUAUCUUCCAUAUGAAUGAAGUUUGGCUGUGCCACAAUUUCAUUGUGUGAUAGAAUCUCAUACUUGCAUAAUUAUUCAUAAACUGUAAGGAAUUUUGCAAUUCGAACAAAUCUAUGUGGCUGUUGCCCUGUCUGAAACGUGAGCAGCUGCAGGGUGUGAGUAAAUAAAUCUCGUGAUAUGUUUGAUAUCUGUCAUUUUAUGAAUAUUCUAAGAGAAUAUUAGUAGCAUGAGUUUUCCCAUGUGUACGGACGGAAAGCUUGGAUGGAUUUUUUUUCAGAAAAGAAAAUUAUGCAAACAAGGCAUUUGAAGAUUAUCAAUAACAAUGUGUACUGGUGAAGCUUUGUUUUUGACUUUUAAAAAUGAAAGACAUCCAUGCAUUUUCUGUUGCUAAUAUUGUAAAUAAAAAAGCUUUUACUUUGGGGCAAUC